GGGCAACUGCCUUUUGAUCAUGACUUCAGGCGUGGAAAGAGCAUAUUCUAAAACAACCAACAUUAAGCUAUGUUACACCGAAAUCUCUUCAAUCUGCUUAAUUCUUUGAUUUUAUUUUUAGUUUGCUUUUUAGGUCUUGAUUUCCUUUCACAUAUGACUCUUGGCAGUCAACCACGGACCUCUCUUUCACUUAGACAUUGUAUCCUUGGCAGAUAUGCCCGGUGUGUGUGUGUGUGUGGAAAGAAAGAAACAUCCUCCCCACUAUGAUCGUCCAUGGUCGCGACCAAGGUGGGCUAAAAGACACAGGGAAAGAACCUUCGACUAUGCAUUGUACAUACUCCAGUAUUCGCAGGAAUGAUGUUUGGAUGUAUAAGUUGG